GAGUCAAAGGACACACAAACAGAUUGAAUCGCUCGAGCAUUUUUUUUUGAAAAUGGUCAAGUUGGGAUUUUUAUAAUUUUGGGUUCGGGUCAGUCUGCUCAACUCAUCACGGUUUAAACCAGACAGAGAGAGAUAAAGAGAUAGAGUGUGUUUGAGCCCUUUUUGACCAUUAAGCAUAAACUUCAGAUCUGAGAAAGAAAAAAAAGAAAGAAAAGGGUUUGGCUCCGGCGUCGUUUAAUGAUCUCUCUCUCUGGUCCCUCUCUUUCUCUUUCACUGUUUUUGAUUAAUCUGUCACGCUCCUCUUCCUUCCACAUGUUUUUUCUCUAAUCCUCCUUCCUUUUACUCAAUCUCCUGGUAAAUUUUGCUUCUUCUUCUUUAAUUUCAAAGGGUUAAUAAAGGUUUCAAGAGGGGUUGUUGGCAGGAUUGGGGAGUGUCGUAUUAUUACCCGCGGAAGACUCUGAGAUCUACGCCUACCAUUCUAGUAGUGCUCUUAUGGACAUGAACUCCGCACAGAAUCAUUUCAGCAAACGCGCUCGAUUGUUUGAAAACCCUAACGACCGAGAUGCUAGGGUCAUGUAUCCAUCGAACCCUACAUCUACUGAACCUGUGAAUAGAGGAGGUUAUGGUGGUUCUACAGCCAUCCAAAGCUUUUUCAAAGAUUCUACACCUGAAGAAACACCCAAAGUGCUUAAGAAGAGAGGAAGGAAGAAGAAGAAUCCUAACCCUGAGGACAUAAACUCUUCGACACCUGGUGGAGAUGACUCCGAGAACCGUUCAAAGUUCUACGAGAGUGCUUCUGCUCGAAAGAGAACUGUAACCGCAGAGGAAAGAGAGAGAGCCGUCACUGCAGCCAAAACAUUUGAACCAGCUAAUCCUUUCUUUAGAGUUGUUCUGCGACCAUCAUAUCUAUACAGAGGCUGCAUCAUGUACUUGCCUUCUGGGUUUGCUGAGAAGUACCUAAGCGGGAUAUCUGGUUUCAUCAAGCUCCAGCUCGGUGAGAAACAAUGGCCAGUGAGGUGUCUUUACAAAGCAGGAAGAGCUAAGUUUAGCCAAGGGUGGUAUGAGUUCACACUCGAGAACAAUAUAGGCGAAGGAGAUGUAUGUGUCUUUGAGCUACUCAGGACUAGGGAUUUCAUCCUGAAAGUCACUGCCUUUCGCGUCAAUGAGUAUGUGUGACCAAAAAAGAUUUCGCUUUCAUCAGUGAUCUUGAAGGUAGCUUUCCAAAGUCAAAUUUCAUGUAGGGUAUCUUAACCAUUCUCUCUCUCUCUCUCUCUCUCUCUCUCUCUCUCUCUCUCUUGCAUUGGUUCCUCUCUCUCUCUUGCAUUGGUUCUCUCUGUUUUAGUAGUGUUUUGAGUGAAAUUUCAGGUUCCUAUGUUUCAAUGUGGAUAAGUAUUUGACGAUUAUAAUAACCUCGAGUGGAAAACUCUUUGUUUGAGUGGUAGUUAGGUUCAAAAGUAGAGUUGUAUAUACUUUUAUCUUUAUGAGGAGAAUUAUGUUGAUGUGAUAUCUUGAUUAUGA